GAAGUGGAUUCUGCUGUGGAUCUCUCGCUGUGACGACUGCUCCUAUUUUGGUAUAUAGUAACAUCCGACAUUCAGCAGCGGCAGCGGUCUUAAUAACCCAUGUCGGCCAAAUUGCCUCUCACUUGGCAAAGGCCGUCCAUAUGGCGACGACGGAUGUCAACACUUCUGGCUGACGAAGCGCUGCUAGCACCCAUAAGGUGCCAACCGAGUCGGCGUUCAGCUAAGACGCUCACGGUCGUCGCUCGCUGAGAAGCUGAGCCAUCCUUCCCUUCCGUCGUGCCUAGUUCAAGCAUGGCCCUUCCGAUGGCAACAACAGAUCUCAUAGGCACACUAGCAGAAAUAAUGUGCUAUGGGAUGUACUUUGUACUUUUUCUUCAGCUUCUCCGCGUGCUCUAUGCGAGACAUCAGGCACGCAGGCCGAUAGUGAACCUCCUUGCCAUCGCGCUGUUGAUAUUUUCUCUAAUCACUGCGCACCUAUCGCUGCAGAUUCAUCGCAUACUUCAGGCAUUUACGGAUCACAUGGAUGUGGCGAACGCCCCGACAACAUAUUAUGACACGCUUAGCGCGCGAGCGAGUGCCACGAAGGCUUCCAUCUAUACGACGCUGACCAUUGUCUGUGAUGCUAUCAUGGUUUAUCGGGUGUUUGUUGUUUAUGAACGCAGAUGGUCCGUGACAGUCAUUCCUUUUGUGCUGUUGCUGGCCAACAUUGCAGUGGCCGCAUGGUACACGUGGAGUGUCUCACAGGUCAAUUCAUUACAACCCAUGAAGCGUGCAGUUAUACGAAUCAACUGCUUCUUCAGCGCUGUGACUCUAAUAUUGAAUCUCAUGUGUACAGUCAUGAUAUCAUGGAAGAUUUGGACCAUUCAUAGGGAACUGCCAGGACCCGCUGUGGCAGGAAUCCGCGUCAUGGGAGUUGCUACUGUAAUCAUUGAGUCAGCGGCAAUCUACUCUUGCGUUCUCGUCGCACUCAUCGUGACGAGCACUCUGCGAACGACCGGACUGUGGACAGUCCUAGACCCAGUACGUUCAAGACUCACUGUGCGCCCUCUCUCCUCCCGAUUCUGAGCUUUCAUGGUUCAGAUAUGCCCCGUAAUCGGGAUGAUCUUCUCUGCUUUGAUGGUUCGCGCGUCAAGGGAAUACCGCAAUGACACCCUCAUGAGCGAGGAUAUAUCUCUUCCGACGUAAUUUAAGUCAUAAUGAUCAAACCGACAGUG